UUAUUAUAAAAUUUUAGUACAUGAUCCGUUGGCUUUGUUUUUCAACUUUUUUGCAUAUUUGUGUAGGGAUUGGGGAAAAUUCAAAGUUGUAAGGGAAUGUAGGGGAAAACAAGGAGACUGCAAAUGCAAGGUAAAUGCAAAGGAAAACGCAUGCGCCGUAGCGAAAUAUUGCAAGGAGCACUGCUAAAGGGCGUCAAGUACCUGCAGCUAGACCUGUGUACCUGGCUAGACAGAAGAGAUCUAUGUCAUAGACCUCAGGACUUUCUCUGUUUCUAAUUAAAAUCCCGACCUCCAAAUUAUCAGCAAAGAAAUUUCUGGUAAUAAAUGGCUGAAAACGACGUAGAACGGACAAAAAGCAGAAAACAAGUUCUCUUUCAGUGCAUUCUGUGUGCUUCAGCAUUUCUAGUCCAGUUUACAGCGUUUGGAUUUUACCGCGGGUUCGGAUCCAUUUAUGUGUCGAUGCAGGAAAAGUUUACAGAGAGCAACGCGUUGAUAGCUUGGACUGGCUCCAUGUCAUUAUCAAUGUUGUUCCUAUUGACGCCGAUUACCUUCAGAGUCUUCGACCUGGUUGGCUAUAGACUCUCACUACUACUUGGAGGAACAUUAAUUGGCCUUUCACUCGUGGCGACAUCAUUUGCAUCCAGUAUUUUCGAAACCUAUUUCACACUUGGACUUGUGUUUGCGAUAGGACAAAGUUUGUGUUAUUUUGCUCCGUUGCUGAUUUUGCCCCUCUAUUUCAAAAAGAACUUAUCACUGGCCCACGGAAUAGUGAUGUGCGGGAAUAGCCUUGGAGGCCUCGCUCAGGCUCCUGGUCUCGGUUUCAUCUUGCAAAAGUAUGGAUUCAGCAGUGGAAUGCGGCUGUCUAGCGUGACUGCACUGGUUAUAAUAGCGGUAUCUGUCUUAUUUAAGCGACCUGGGGAGAGUUUUGGGUCUAAUCCAUUGAAGUGCAGGAAGGAGAGAAGGAAAGAAAUAACGACCAAGAGUAGAAAUGAAGAGAUACCUUUACUAAGAAACUAUGCUUACAUCAUGUAUACUAUUGCUUCCAUGUUGUCAUGUUUUGGGAUCUUCAUACCCUUUGUGCAUUUGGUGCGGUUAGCGAUGGAUGCAGGCAUUCCAUAUCAUAUGGCCGUCUUUCUACCAGGUAUCAUUUCAUUUGCGCAAGCUGUUGGUAAAGUUACCUUUGGUAAGCUUGCAUCGCUUCCAAAAGGCAACAAACUCUCUCUAAGCAAAUGGGCUGCAAUCAUCACAGCUGUUUUAACGACCUUUGUCCCAAUACUGACCUCUUUCAUUUGGCUCACUGCGUAUUCAUUACUGUAUGGUUUUGUUGAUGGCGGUAUGGCAGCGUGUACUAUGCUUAUCGUCAGAGAUCUGUUAACCAAGGAGCAAUUUAAUAGAGGAUACAGUAUAUAUCUUAUCUGCAACUGCUUUGCCCUCCUUGCUGGACCACCGUUUGCAGGAUAUUUGUACACGGUUUCAGGAAAUUAUUCCCUGGCUUUCUUUAUUUCUGGUGGCUUUGCUGCUUUGGCAGGCUUUUCGAUGUUUGCUGUGCAGUAUUUCCAUUCGAAAAAUAAAAGGACUUCUUUUUCCAACUUAUUGACAAAUGGCUGCAAUACCCAGAAAGGCAAGAAGAUUGUCAGCUUCAUGCAGAAUUACUUCAAACCAUAUCAAUUGCCAAAUGAACAGACAACGGGAAUGGCCAGUUCAAAACCUCCCACUAUUCACAAUUCCUUUAUUUCUCUGCUUGAGUUAGACAAUUCAGAAAACUAUGUUGAUGAUUCUAUUCCAGAAGAAAGCAUGGAAGGGACCACCACUAGAGACAUUGAAGCAAAUUCCUCAGCAUUUGCUCAUAAAUAGGAUGAUAUGGACAUUUUACAACGCACUAGUUUUUAGAAUGGGCAUAGAGAUAAAAUAUAUAAAACCGGUUUUCGUAGAUUUAAAGUUGGAAUGAUUAUUUGAGUUUCACUUUGGAAUAAUUUUCUAGAAGUAGGUAUGUAAAUUAGCUUCUGAUAUUCAUUCAUUAUUGGGAAUCAUUUUCCAAUCAUUUUCCAAGUUUUUACUGCUUUGCUAAAAAAGUUAUGGAGUCAUUUUGGAAUGUUGAUAUAAUGUCGAUCUAAUAUCAUCUGUUAUAAAACUUUUCAAUCUACUAAUAAUUAGAAAAAGAUUUACAUAGGAUGCUACUAAGAUCAUAGUGUAAAAAUAUUUGCUCUCAAUUCCCAGCAACCAUGAGAGAUUUCAUUGCCAUGUAGCCAGACACAAUAUAUUAUAUACACAGGAAAUUUGUUGUUUUCUUACAAAAAUGCGGUAAAGUUUGAUUCAUUUGAAAUAUGUGUGUUACCAAAUUAUUCAUAACAAAACACCAGGUCAGAUAAUUGUUUUGGGCCUAAUUUAAUGUACCGCUACAAAGCAACGAUUCCUUGAAGAUAAGUUGUUUGAAACUCUUCUGAUAAGCACAUAUUUGUUUCAUGGCUUGUGUUGGCAGAUUCGUCAUUUUCUGAUUUAAUUAUCUUUUUUGCUAGAGUGUGCAAGCUUGCCACUGCUAUAAACGAUUUCAUAAAAUUUAAGCCGUUUUCUUGUUUAGCUAUUUAUAAUUAGAAAGAUUAAAAAACACCUAACAUGCAUAGACAAUUAUUUCAUUCCUGAUAUUUGAUAAUGGUGCGUUUUUCUUAGCUCAGCUUUAGAAAUAUAGCGUUUAGAUUAAACAGUGGAUCUAAUAAUAAUUUAAUAAUGUAGUAGGCUUUGCUUGAGACCCCGCAUGCACGGAAAAGGUACCAAUUCUGUACCAGCUCUGGGCCCAUUUGGAGUCAUGUAUCAAAUGGUUGAAUGGAAGAAACUAGGAACCUAACCAAUUUGGCUGGUGCUUACACGAGUCUGGGAUCAGGAGAACCUGCACUUUAAAGCAGAUUUUAAUGAUUUAGAAAGAUUUGUUUCCUUUGAUAUAAUUAGAUACUUAUUUUUGCUGAUAAUUUUUUUAAAUUUUUAAUACAGUUAAUCUUGUUCGUCAUCACCUCUUAAAGGGGAACUGAAGUGAAAAAUGAAAAUCAAUUAUUUAGUAGUUUUCAUCGUGCUGAUUUAGAAUAUCGACACGAAAUUAGUGUUUUUCUUUUCGUUUUCCUGCAUUCACCACGCGAAGUGUGAAAUUUCUCCAUUUCGGUGGCGGAGAGGUCUGGAGACAAGUUUCAGGCGCUGACGUAAAGUCGUGGACACGUGCCCCGAUCGCAACGAAAACAACAUUGUAGUAGGUAGUAGAGUGAAUCGGAGGGAGGGACUUCGUUUAGUGGUUAGAAUUUCAGUUCGCAAUUUUCACGACAGCUCUUCAGGAAUGACAACAGACUUAAGAUCGAGCGACGAUGAAUUUGGAGCAUGUGGUGGUGAAGUACUUGCCUACCAAGGGCGAACGGGAACUGCGAAAGUGGCGAUGAAGAUUAGCCUAGGCCCGAUGAGAUCCCAGAGGCUGAGGAUGAAUUAUCUCCCGCGACGUGCUCGUUUUGUCGGUAGAAAUGAGGAAGUAAAUCAAUGGUAUCUACAAACAGUGGCCGAUCAAUGGAUGGUUUGCUGGUUUUUGGGUAUUUGUGCUGGAAAAACUGGACAACUUUAAGUAUGAAUUUAUCACAAAAUGUAAAGAAAAGAAUUUUAGUCAAAGAAGACAAGGGUUUCAAAAUUCUGCAGAGAGACAAUGAAAAUGCAAAACUCAGCUACCUACUACAUAUACAAUGGAGUACAGGGUUAUAUACAGGGGUUAUUCAAAGGGACCAGACUUUCAGUUCAUAAUAGCAAGAAGAGAAAUUUAGAACUAGUGGAGUCAUGUUAUAAGUUAGAAAUUUGUUAAAACUAGUGGGGCAAUGGCCAAAUCUUGUCAGCCCUAGGCCAAAUCACUAGAUUAGUCACAUCAAGGGGGGGAGGGGUUGGGGAUUGAGCAAGGCUUGAUAUUUUCAAGAUUCCUAAGGUAUAUUUUUCAAGAUAUUUUACUCACAUCAAAAUGUGUAGAAUAGUUUGGAUUUGAUAAAGUUUUUCUCUUACAAUAAUGGUCCUGUACCACCUGCUUGGUAACAUUUUUUAUACAUAAUCAGAAGAAAAUGUUUUACCUUCA